UCUAGGCAUUGCCUAUCCCCCUCCACAAUGUACUUACUGUGGGGACUUAUACCAGCAGACUAUACAGUCGGCAUUGAACACAGAGGUAAUUUUGCGUUUAAAGCUGCGUUGACAAAGUCAAACAGUACCAUGGUAAACCUCGAUGAAUUAAUACCCAAACUUGGAGGUUUCGGAUACUACCAGAAAAGGUUGUAUAUACUGCUUACAGUACCAAUAGCGGUAGCAGGAAUGUUCAUGAUCAUGAUGGUGUUUGCUCUGUAUACACCGAACCACAGCUGUAAGCGUCCCCACGACUCCAGUAGCUUCAAUGAUUCCCGGAGUGGCCGGUUCACUGCCUCCGAGUGCACUCUACGACAGGAGGGAGACGAACAGCUUAAUUCCUCAAAUGCUUCCUUGUCUAAUAUAUCGCGUCACAUUACACCAUUGCCAUGUUCUGAAUGGGAUUAUGAUGAUGACGUAUUUAAGAAAACAUUCACCACUACCCAUAACCUCGUGUGUCAAGAAAGCUUGAAGAUAUCCCAUGCACAAAUGAUAUUUUACUUCGGUGUUGUAAUAGGAGACAUUCUAUUUGGACAGCUGUCUGACUUAAUUGGGCGAAAAAAGACAUUGAUUAUAGCAAUGUUCAUCUUGUUGGUGUCCGGAUUAUCGGGGUCGUUCUCUCCGGAGUAUUAUAGCUUUGUUGUUAUACAAUUCGUCGUUGGAACCGCUUGCAAGGGAUGCUUGGUUUUGGCUUUUGUUAUGGGCUUUGAGUUUGUUGGUCCAGAUAUGCGUGUAUGGCUUGGUCAAGCUCUCAACAUUAUCUUCGCCCUGGCACUGUGCUCACUUUGUGGUUUGGGCAUUCUUAUCAAAGAUUGGCAGUACAUACAAAUAACAUGCACCAUACCAACAGUUUUGUUCAUACUUUUGUGGUUUGUUCUAGACGAGUCGCCAAGAUGGCUUUUGAGUAAAGGCAGGACGGAGGAAGCAAAAUCAGUAUUACUGAAAAUUGCACGAACCAACAAGGUGACACCUGAUGGAAAUCUACUUCAACAACUAGAACAUGAAAAAAGUACACACACCGAAAAAAUAUCGAGUUUGUUUAAAAACAGAACCCUUGCUAUACGAACAUUGGUUGUCUUCUUUAAUUGGUUUGGAUUGGGGAUGACAUAUUACGGUGUGUUUCUCCAUGCCGAAAAUCUAGGAGGCAAUUUUUACUUGGCUAUUUUCCUUCUGUCCGUGAUAGAAAUCCCAAUACUUUUAGUCAAUUUGUACCUGCUAAACAAAUUUGGAAGGAGGAGAGUACACUGUUUAACAAUGAUGACUGGAGGACUAGCGUGUAUAUGUUCCAUAUUCCCUGUGAUAUUUGGGGGAGAAGAACUGCAACCACUGAUCCUUGCUCUUGCUGUCAUCGGGAAAAUGGGGGCAUCUGGUGCCUUUGGGUCCAUUUACGUCAUUUCUGGGGAGGUGUUUCCGACAAUUGUUCGGAAUGGAGCCGUGGGUGCCAGCUCUAGUUUUGCAAGGAUAGGGUCGAUGUUGGCUCCCUAUAUAGCAAAACUGGGCACAGUUGGUGUAGGCAGUUAUGGGAAAGCUAUCCCUCUAAUUGUGUUUGGAGCGUGUUCGAUCACGGCUGGACUUUUUGCGUUAUUACUACCAGAAACAAUGGGUUGCCGGCUACCAGACACAAUAGAGGAAGCAGUGGACUUCAAAUUGCUACGGGAAGAUCCAAACACGGAAAGUGAGACUGAGGAGCUGAGAAGUAUGAUAGAAAACUAAAGCAGAUUUGACAUCUUACAAUUUAUAUAAAUGUUACAUUGGUAUCGGUGUGCCCGUUCAAUGUAAAGACAGUAUAAGGAUGUAGAAAGAUAUGCUUUUUGUUUUAAAGACCUGAAAUAUCCAUCUUGGCGCAAUGCUUGAUUUUUCAUUGUCUGGGGUUUGGAGAAACGCUAUCUGAUGGUGCUAUUACCAUUUAGCCGGAUAUUAAAUACAAAGAAAUUGUGUGGUAUGUCCAAAAAUACACUUUAUACUUCUGUCUUUUGUAUGAAUACAAAGCAGUUGGUCACCUUAACAGAAAUAAAAAAAUAUAUUGAUCCUUCAAA